UCAGGGGCUCCGGCCAUGCCUCCCGGCCGGGCCGGCGGAAAGGGGGCCGUGGUGCUGCAGUGCGAGUGGCAGCAGUGCUCGUUCGUGGCGGCGGGCAUGGAGGAGUUCUGCGGGCACGUCGCGCAGCACCUGCAGCAGCACCUGCCCGGCGAGCACCGCGACGAGGUGGACCCGCUGGAGGAGUACACGUGCCUGUGGCAGGACUGUGGGUUCUGCUCCCCGGAGAGCCCCUCCGACCUCGUGCGCCACGUCUACUUCCACUGCUACCACACCAAGCUCAAGCAGUGGGGGCUGCGGGCCCUGCAGGGCCAGGGGGACGUCAGCCACUGCCAGCUGGACUUCCAGAGCAGGAACAUCAUCCCUGAGAUCCAGGAGAACUUCCUGUGCCUGUGGGAGUACUGUGAGAGAUCCUUUGAUAACCCCGAGUGGUUCUACCGGCACGUGGAGGAUCACAGCUUCUGCUCCGAGUACAAGGCAGCAGGGAAGGAGAACCACGUGGUGCUCUGUGGCUGGAAAGACUGUGACUGCAGCUUCAAGGGGCGCUGCAAACUGCGGGAGCACCUGCGCAGCCACACGCAGGAGAAGGUGGUGGCCUGUCCCACCUGCGGGGGGAUGUUUGCCAACAACACCAAGUUCUUCGACCACAUCCGCCGCCAGACCGCCCUGGACCAGCAGAGGUUCCAGUGCUCCCACUGCUCCAAGAGGUUUGCCACGGAGAGGCUGCUCCGCGACCACAUGAGGAACCACGUGAACCACUACAAGUGCCCCCUGUGUGACAUGACGUGCCCCCUGCCCUCCUCCCUGCGCAACCACAUUCGCUUCCGGCACAGCGAGGAGCGGCCCUUCAAGUGUGACUACUGUGACUACAGCUGCAAGAACCUCAUUGAUCUGAGGAAGCACCUGGACACGCACAGCAAGGAGCCGGCGUAUCGCUGCGAGUUCGAGGCCUGCAGCUUCUCUGCCCGCUCCCUCUGCUCCAUCAAACUGCACUACAGGAAGGUCCACGAGGGUGACUCGGAGCCCCGGUACAAGUGCCACGUGUGUGACAAGUGCUUCACGCGUGGGAACAACCUCACCGUGCACCUCAGGAAGAAGCACCAGUUCAAGUGGCCCUCGGGGCACCCUCGCUUCAGGUACAGGGAGCAUGAGGAUGGCUACAUGCGGCUGCAGCUGGUGCGCUACGAGAGCGUGGAGCUCACAGAGCAGCUCCUGAAGGACAGGGAGAAGCGUGGGGAGGCCCUGGAGGGCCCAGCCGAGUGCGUGGUGCUGCCCGAGGGGGAGGGCAACCUGCAGGGCAUCAUCCUGGAGCCCCCAGCGGACGCUCCCCUGGCAGAGGAGAGCGGGGUCUCAGAGCUGUGCCCCGAGCCAGCCCAGCCCAGCGCCUUCCAGGGAGCUGCAAUGUCCUCAGAGCAAGAGCCCAGCACCUUCCCAGGGCCAGCUUUGUCCUCAGAGCAAGAGCCCAGCACCCCCAGCAGCCCCAUCAUCCGGGUGGUGAACAGGACCAACGAGCACGGGCAGAGCGAGACUGUGUAUUACGUGAUGGCCAGCACGGCCCCAGAGGAGCAGGGGACAGCAACCCCUGCGGGGCUGGCUGGGGAGCUGGAGGAGAAUGUCAUGGACAGGCUGCAGAAGACAGCAGAGGAGCUGGGCAUCCAGAUCGUGUGAGGUGCCCCCAGGGCUGUGUUCGUGGGGAGAACUUGGGCCUCGGUGGGAUGUGCUGC